GCGUACGAAUAGCCGUCCCACAAAUGACAAACCCCGCACCCCAUCCUGCACAGAGUGGAUUCAGACAGCGAUGUACAUAGAUCCUGUCCUGCUAGAGAGCCUAUAUACCUUACUAAACAGGUUAAUAUCCUAACAUAUCUUAGUUCAUAUAUUAUAAGCCUAAAAUACAGCGAAUAGGAGAAGAUAUUUUUCUGAUAUUCUAGUGGAUAUUAAAUGACAUUUUUGUUCAAUCUCCUCUUUGAAUUUGAAGAAGAAAAAGGCUCACCAUGCUCUCUGCUUGUCUGGAGUUCCUGGGGAUGGGGUUGUGCCUACUGGGCUCGCUCCUGGUCAUGAUCGCGUGCGGGCUGCCCAUGUGGAAGGUGACGGCGUUCAUCGAUAUGAAUAUCGUGGUCGCGCAGACCAACUGGGACGGGCUCUGGAUGUCAUGCGUGGUGCAGAGCACCGGCCAGAUGCAGUGCAAGAUGCACGACUCGGUGCUGGCGCUCAGCCAUGACCUGCAGACAGCGCGCGCCCUCACGGUGAUCGCGGCGGUUCUUGGGGUGGCGGGGCUGGUGGUGACUAUUGCCGGGGCGCAGUGCACUAACUGUAUCAAGACCGAAUUGGUGAAAGCAAAAGUGGUGCACGCCGGCGGGGUGGUCUACAUAAUCAGCGGUCUAUUGGUAUUGGUUCCCCUCUGUUGGAUGGCCAAUAACAUCAUAGUAGACUUUUACAACCCAGAUGUGUCCUCGUCCAAGAAGAGGGAGAUAGGAGCGGCCAUCUAUAUCGGCUGGGCCGCCACAGCCCUGCUCCUUCUGGGGGGAACCAUGCUGUGCUGCUCCUGUCCCCAGCGAGGCAAGAGUGCCUAUCCCACCAAGACCAUCUCGGCCAACGGAGACUUCGACAAGAGACAUUAUGUGUAGGUGAUGAAAAGAGAGUUUUGCGCACAUCCAAACUUGCCACAGGAGCCGGACAGACAAGUUAAUGUCUACCCUUCCUGUUUGAUGCCCAUCACAUACGUUAUCUUUAUUGUGGUCACCUAGAACGGAGGCUUUGAUAAGGUAAAUGAUGUGUAGGCUAGACGAUAUCAGGAUACUUUUUUUCAUUUGGUUUGAUUGUCUGUUAUGCAUGCCGACUUCACCAAACUUUAACUUCCUCAGUUUGAAAUCAGUGUAUAUUUUUUCCGAACAUAUAUUUCUGUGUGUUGUAGGCUACACCAUUGUAUAGGGGUCUGGCGACCAGAAAAUAAAAACAAAAAUGUUGCCAAUGAAGCCAUACACACCGAGAGCGCAGCUAACGACCAAAACAUUGAAACAGUGAUCUAUCAACUAAGGGAAUUUCGUAUUUUUCACCCAACUUGUAAACCCACAUCCAAUGACAAGGUUACAUUUUUGGUUAAUCUCAAGUUAAAUUCACGUUAGUUGACAAAUCAACCACAUGUAUAUGAAAACGAGACAUGGAACGAUGUCUGUGCCCAGUGGGACCUACUUGUUGUGUAGCCUAUCCAUUGUGUAGCGUUUUUUAUAAACUCUUGUAUUUGCAUAUGACUAUUUCAUCAGUAUUAUAUAGGCUAAAGGUAAAGAUGUUUUAAAUGUUGAUGUUAUCAUUUGACACUAGGCUAUUGUCUGGCCAGAGUGGUUGUGUCAAGUCUAUGUGCUCUGUGAAUAAAGCCUAUUGUUCUCAACUGGCUUUAGUGUCUGCAUGUAAGUUGUAAAUAGCUACAUACAUAGAAGCAGGGACUGGUUUUCAACAUAGUUAAUAACUUUAGGUUCCCACAUUGGACGUGUCCUUUGUAAGCAGUGAAUGCUACUCAGAACAAUGUGCCCUCAUAUUAUCAAAUGAGCUUAUUUGCAUUUGAAUGCUGUUGUAUUGUACUGUAUAACUAGCUGAUUGUGGACCUAUCUGUUUUCCUGGCCCUCUUUAAACUAUUGGGCAAUUGAUGUUUUAUAAUAAAAAUGAAAUCACAAACGCA